AUACAGACCGAAAAUGAGAGUUGGGCGAAUGCUGUCCUCUAGUUCUUUGGUUAUUCCCACUAAAAUAACUCGGAUAUGGGUAUUUGGCCAUCUCGGCCGUCUUUUUCUGUAGCUCUUAGUAACGGUGUGCUCACAACUCGUUUUUUCAGUGAUGACACCACUAUAAUCGCUAUUUCUGACUUGCUAAUGAACAGUCCAAAGAAAUAAUGAAUCCUCAUCAAAAUCCCUGGAUGGGGUGGGACUAGAAUCGAAGCCUUGAAAGACUUACAAGUCUUCCUCUAUAGCGCGAUCCCGAGUGGACACUGGGAAGCCCUUUUUCUUUUUCUUUCUUUCUUUUUGCAAGGAAGGGCAGUUCGUUCAUGGCUCCAGGGAAAACAGCUAGGAAAACUGUCCGGCCCCAGCUGGAUCGCCAAUUCCUCCAUCGAUUCCUAAAGAUCCAAACAAUAUUAUUUCCUACCUUCACUUCUAAGAAUGUGCUGAUGUUUCUAACCUUGCUUGUAGUUGCUUUGUUGACUCAACUGAUCAUUUACCAGGUGGGACUGAUUCCCAGUCAAUAUUUCUCAGUUCUGGGAAAGAAAGAUCUUUAUGAGUUCAAUAAGAUGACAGCAGUUGCUCUGAUUCUCAUUAUACUCAACUCUUUGCUGAAGAGUUUAGACCAGUUUAUCUGCAAUCUGAUGUAUGUCAGCUGGAGAAAGAGUCUCACUGAAUACCUCCAUGGCUACUAUUUUCAGGGCCAAGAGUAUUAUACUCUGAAUGUUCUACAUGAGGAAAUUGAUAAUCCAGACCAGAGAAUCAGUCAAGAUGUGGAGAGAUUCUGCAAACAGUUGAGCUCUAUGGCCAGUAAACUGAUCAUCUCACCCUUCACCCUUGCUUAUUACACCUAUCAAUGUUUUUACAGCACUGGCUGGCUGGGUCCUCUAAGCAUCUUUGGCUAUUUUAUCAUUGGGACAAUUGUUAACAAGUUCCUAAUGAGUCCCAUUAUUUCAAAACUGGUGCAGCAGGAAAAGCUUGAAGGUGAUUUCAGAUUUAAGCAUAUGCAGCUGCGGGUGAAUGCUGAAUCCGUUGCUUUCUAUAGAGCUGGGGAAGUUGAACACAUGCGAACCAACUACAAGCUUCAAAAUCUUUUAAAGACGCAGAGGGAACUGAUGGGAAAGGAACUAUGGCUAUACAUUGGGAUCAACACCUUUGAUUAUUUGGGCAGCAUCUUGAGCUACGUGAUGAUUGCCAUUCCUAUAUUUAAUGGAGUAUAUGAUGAUCUGAAUCCCACAGAAUUGAGCUCCUUAGUUAGCAAGAAUGCCUUUGUCUCAAUUUACUUGAUUCACUGUUUCAGCGUCCUAAUUGAUCUCUCUACCACAGUGUCCGACGUAGCUGGCUACACUCACAGAAUUGGAGAGUUGCAGGAAAUAUUGCUGAACCUUUCAAAGAAGCAAAAUCAUAGUGACUCACAAGUCAAAUGGGACUUUGACAGCAUUUCUAAAGAGAAGAGGAUUUCAAAAGACACCGCUUUUGUUCUGGAGCAUGUUUCCCUUGCUGCUCCUUCCAAGAACCUGCUUAUCAAGGACCUAAACAUGAAAGUCACACAAGGAAACAAUCUCCUGAUUACUGGGAAUACAGGCACAGGAAAGACAUCUUUGUUGCGUAUUCUCGGAGGCCUAUGGAAGUGCAAACAGGGGGAAGUCCACAUGCUGACUUCCUUUGGCCCCCAUGGAGUAGUGAUCAUACCUCAGCGUCCUUUCUUCACAGAUGGAACACUGCGGGAACAGAUUAUAUACCCUCUAAAGGAAAUCUAUCCAGAUUCUGGGUCUAUAGAUGAUGACAGGAUACUCAGGUUCCUGGAGCUGGCUGGACUGUCAGACUUGUUAAUGAGAACAGGAGGUUUGGACCAGCCUGUGGACUGGAACUGGUAUGACAUUCUUUCACCAGGUGAGAUGCAAAGGCUGUCAUUUGCUCGCCUGUUCUACUUACAACCCCAGUAUGCAGUGUUAGAUGAAGCUACAAGUGCAUUGACAGAAGAUGUAGAGAAUGAAAUGUAUAGAAUCUGCAUCCAACUGGGAAUGACUCUGGUCAGUGUGGGCCAUCGCAAAAGUCUGGAAAAGUUCCAUAGCUGGAUUUUGAAACUUUAUGGAGAAGGAAAAUGGGAGCUAACAAGAAUUGAGAAACCCUGAACUAUUCCCAAACCAAUCACAGAAAAUAUUGGAGUUAAAGUCUCAAGUUAAAGUGCCUUGGAAUCAGCAUGCUUUAAUGGAGAAACUAUGGUUUGAAAGUUCAAAAUUACAAGUGCCAAUAAUGGUUUCCAAUUUUAAAAAAAACCAUGGGGAGGAAAAUUUGUAACCAUUUCUUAUCUUAUAAAUUUGUUUCCAAUCCAUUGUUUUGAUUGCUGUACCCCUUAUACAACCUUUCAUCCAGAAGGGAAAGAAAGAGUAAUUUUGUUUUAUCUGUGGAAUUCAUUGUGUGAUUGGAAUUAAAGUUCUGCCUAACUGGAAUUAUGUGGCCUAUCUACAUAAGGACGGUGAAUGUAGCACAGUCUCUUUGACUAUAAUUUACAUCAACUAAAGCUUCCUGAGUAGAAGGAAGAAAGAGGCUGUGUAAUUUCUAUGAUCUGCCCUCUAUAUUUGGAGUUGCUAGCAAAUGGAUCAAAUAUUUUGGCCCUAGACCUGUCCAGUCAGACUGUUUAAAGAUUUUAUUUGAUGCAACAUAACAAUGAGUUUUGUAAAAUGUCAGCGCCACUUGAUAAAAAAAUCAAAUAAGCAACCCUGGACAAGUUGUGAAGUACAAGAUAGAGUUUUGCAGAGGGUAGGGAUGGGGGAGAGUUUUUUCAGUGGUUCUACUCCUUCCGCAAUGGUCAUUCCAGUCUGUGAUGGUAGAGAGGUCAGUGGCCUCUGACGUGUGAGAUGCCACAAGGGCGUCUCUUUCCUGUUCAUCGUCUAUAUGAAGCUUCUAGGAAAAGUCACCUGACAUUUGGGGGUUCAGUGUUAACAGUAUGCUAAUGAUAGUCAGUGAUAUCACACUACUAGCCAGGCUUUGAGGAGGUGCUAUCAAUGUCCUUUCCCAAGACCUGGAUGGCAGAGAAAAGACUGAAAAUGAAGCUUAGUAAGUUGGAGUUGGUGUGAACUCAGAGUUCUCUGUUGCCACAACAGUUGUUUCUGAUGAGCAAGCACCCAGAUAUCUGCAGGACCACAUACUCCAAUCAGUCAUGAACUGAUCAAUCAGAGCAAACACAAACUAUCACUCAUCCUAUAUUUUCAAGAGGUUCAGGGACCUGAAGCAAGAAGACACUGGUUUUUCAGUGGCAGCACCAUGCUACCGGACAGCUUGCUGGUAGAGAUCACUAGCUACUAAAGAUGAAAUUAUUUUGGAGAGACUUCCCCUAAUUUUACUCUGCCACAUUUAGCUUGUUUUAUUGUUUGUAUAUUUGAUGGGGUUUUUUUUACUAUUUUUUAUACUGUAGAUGUUUUACUUGGUUUUUAUAGGCUAUCUAUGUAAGCCAGCAAGCAUCUUUGGCUUGUGGCAAGAUAGAAAUGUGAAAAAUAAAAUACCUCUGUCCAUCUGACAAAUUGUGGCAGUGUUUUUCAACUACUUGUUUAGCUUACAAGGAGGAGGGGCAGAAUUAUAACCUUCAGAACUGUUAAAAAUGCAAAAUAAUCAAGGUUGCUAUAUGUAUGGAAAGCAUACCUCCAUUCAUUCCUGCAGACAGCUCUUACCAAAAUGACCAAAGAUGACUUUUUAAGACAGAAGAGAAUACACAUUCUUACUAGGAGGUAGCAGAAGAUGUGUGUAUUCUUUUGUUAGAUUCUUCGGACCAUUUUUAAAAGGAUGUGCUCUAUUUGUUUUUAUUAGAAUUUAAAAGGAAAGGAAAUUUGAUAAACAAUACUUGAAAAAAAUUAU